AUGUUCAUAGAUGGACAUAUAUUGAUGUUGCAGGUAUUAAGAAACAUCAUCAAGAGUUGCUUACAAAAAUGUCACACUCUUGGCAAAAAAUCCAUUGCUUUUCCUGCUAUUGGAACAGGAAUUUUGGGCUUUCCGCAUAAAGUUGCAGCUAAAAUAUUUUUUGAAGAGACCAAGAGAUUUGAGAAAACUGUUAGCCAAUGCAAGAUUAAAGAAGUUAGCUUCGUUUUGUAUAAUCAGGAUGUGAAAUCUAUCCAAGCAUUUCAGAAUGAAUUGAAGAACCAAGUGGAGUUUAAUGAGAUUGAAGAACUUCCUGAUAAAUCUCAAACAAGAUAUCUAGUAAAACCAGGUCAGGCAAGCAGCAGUUACCUUGUGAUACAAGUUGGAGAUGAUAAAAAGAUAGAAAUUGUUCAAGGUGACAUCACUCAAGAAAGCACUGAUGUUAUUGCGUAUUUCAGCAAUCCCAGUCUCUCUAUGGAAAGUGGUGUAAGAAGAAAAAUCAUGGAAGUUGGUGGAAAAGUUUUAGAUGACGAGUGUAAAUUAAAACUUUUUACUGGAAAGCCAAAAAUUGGUGAUACUGUAUUGACAAAUGCAGGUAAUCUUAAAGCAAAAUGCGUCGCUCAUAUGAUAGCACCAUACUCUCCGAACUAUAAAGAUAUUGAGCAAAGUGUGGAAAAAUGCCUUAAGGAAAUUGAUGGACUAAAAUUCGAGAGUGUUUCGCUUCCAGCCGUUGAAACAGGCAAUUUCAAGAAUGAUCUGGUAAACAGUGCCAACGCCAUCUUGUCUCCUGUCAUUGGUUUUUUUGUUACAAACUCGAGCUCACUUGCAACAGUUCGUAUUGGGUUGCAAGAUGAAGAAAUGUUUUCAGCGUUUAAGGCUGUUGCAAAAAACUUUGAACAUGAUGAUGAACGCGGGAUAGUCAAAAAAUUAAUGAGGUAUGUUUGGAAAUCUUUGGAGAAGCCAACAGUUUUGAGUGUUGUAGAAAGAAAACUGGAAAUUGACAAAAAAAUCUACUUAGUAAUUUAUGGCAACGGUAGAAAAGUUGUCGAUGAUGCAAAGGAUAAAAUAAAAAAUUUUCUGAAAGAACAGACAAAAACCCAUAAAAUUGAAAGUGAAAUCAUUGAUACACUCUCUAAGCAGCAGCUCGACAUGAUACAACGUAUAUGUCGAGUGAGGAACGUCAAUGCAAAGGUAGACCAACGUCUUUGUCGUAUCAUCUUGUCCGGACAUGCGGACAAUGUUUUCAAAGCUGUUCACGAGAUUUUUCAGUAUUUUAAAUUCAUAACCAAAGAGAAUGAUGAGCAACAAAUAGAAGAUUUGUUCACCAGCUUUUCUAAGUUGGUGGCACAAACAGUUCAGUGGUGCUACGAAACCUCAAAUGGCGAAGAGGAGGAGUACGACAUCAAGACGAAUGCAAUCAUUGAACAUUCGUAUUCAAAAAACAAAAAAUCUGUUAUUUUUAUGUUUGAUGGCGACAAUCAUGAAAUUGUUUUUCACGACAUGCAAAUGACGAAUUUGACAAACAAUGCCACUGUAAACGUGACCAGGAAACGUCUUCAAUCCGAAAGAGAUGAUAUAGCUGUGCCUGAUUAUUGGGACCCGCAGCCAGUUGAUGCAAGCAAUAAAGAAGUUGAAGUUCAUCUUGUUAAAUUAAUGCAAAAUAACCCAAGGCAAAAAGACGAAUACGAUAAAAUUACGAGUCAUUUUCAACAAACGGAAAAGAAGCAUAAAAUUAUAGAAAUUCAACGCGUUCAAAAUCCUUCUCUGUUCAAACAGUAUUUCUUUAAGAGAAAAAGCUUGGAUGAGAAAAAUGGAAGCAACGAAAUGUUUUUGUUUCAUGGAACACGUUUUGAUACAGUCCAUAAAAUUAACAAAAAAAAUUUUAACCGUGCUUUUGCUGGAAGUGAGAACGCUGUGUAUGGGAAAGGUGUAUACUUUGCAAAGAAUGCAUCCAUGUCAGUUGGUUAUGCUUCCGCGUGUAGCUCUGGAAAGCGUUACCUAUAUUGUGCAAGGGUUGCUGUUGGGGAAUACACCCUUGGUAAAUCCGAUAUGGUUGCUCCUCCUCAAAAGAACCAGAAUGAAUCUUAUGAAUCUACCGUGAAUGACGUUAACAAACCCACAAUUUUUGUUCUCUUUCAUGAUAGUCAAUACUAUCCAGAAUAUUUGAUCACAGUUCAGUAA